AUGACGCUCGCAAGCCCAUACCACUUGGCAAUUCUAUUAUGGAGGCUUAUUAUCUUUGUGUUCUUUAGGGAGGUCAAAUCCAGGGGACAGCGAUAUCUUCAGUCGCAGCCCAAAGGCACUCCCAUCGUCUUCGUUGCUGCUCCGCACCACAAUCAAUUCCUAGACGCUCUACUCCUCUCCUCCGAAGUUCUCCGGGCUUCUAAUCGCAAACUAUCCUUCCUCACAGCCGAUAAAUCAAUGAACAGGUUUUUUAUUGGUCAUAUGGCACGCGCAAUGGAAUCUAUACCCGUCAAGCGUGCUGCAGACGCUGCGAAACCCGGCGUUGGCACUAUCUACAUGACUCAUUCCGCCCCCACAAACCACCUCUUCGGCAUCGGCACUCAAUUCACCCACCAAGUAUCCCCCAAAAUGUCCAUCGCCCUGUCUUCUUCCCUCGGUGGCGCUUCUGCCGAAGUGGUGGAGAUUAUCAACGACACCCACCUCAUCUUGAAAAAUGAUCUCGGUAAACCACAAGCCAUAAAUGCUCUCAAAGCCGUGAACCCCGCCACCACCAGCCAGGCCAUCAAGUACAAAGUCCUGCCCUUCAUCAACCAAGAAGUCAUGUACAAAGCUGUAUACGACAAGCUAAGAGAUGGCGGCAGUAUUGGGAUUUUCCCAGAAGGCGGAUCACAUGAUAGAUCGGAUCUAUUACCCCUCAAGGCUGGCGUAUCGGUGAUGGCUCUCGGCGCAAUGGCUGCAAACCCAGAUUUACAAGUAAAAAUAGUACCAGUCGGGUUAUCCUAUUUUCACGCUCACAAGUUCAGAUCGAGAGCUGUGAUCGAGUUUGGUGAUGCCCGUGCUGUCCCACGCGACCUCGUCGACCUCUUUACCCAGGGCGGAGCUGAUAAGAGGGCAGCAUGUGCCAGUCUCCUCGAUAUUAUCUACGACGGUCUUAAAUCGGUUACUGUUCAAGCGCCUGACUAUGAAACUCUGAUGGUUAUCCAGGCUGGAAGAAGAUUGUUCAAGACCCCCGGACACCACCUCACACUGGGGCAGGUUGUCGAGCUGAACAGGCGGCUGAUAGCUGGCUACCUGUCUUACAAAGACGAUGUGAAGAUUAUUGCCCUGCGAAACAAGAUCCUUAAGUACAACAGGAGAUUACAGGAUCUGGGUAUUCGAGACCAUCAAGUCGAAGCAGCGACGCGCAAGAGCUGGAAGAGCGCAGGAUUGCUGCUGUAUAGAGUUUGGCUACUCUUGUUAUGGGGUCUGCUCGCUUUCCCCGGUGCGAUGCUCCAUCUCCCCGUCUUCCUCACCGCUAAGUACAUUAGCCACCGCAAAGCCAAAGAGGCACUCGCGAACUCGACAGUCAAAAUAGAAGCACGCGAUGUGAUUGGAAGCUGGAAAGUACUAGUUUCUCUCGCACUGAUACCCCUCCUCUAUCUAUAUUACGUAGUGUUGACGACAUACAUUGCGACGAGAUACGGCUCUCAGAUUGGACUUAGCGAGUUUUAUAUCAGAUGGUCACCACUCUUUGCCCUCCUCAGCCUACCCUACCUCGGCAUCUCGGCGCUUAAAUUCGGUGAAGGGGGUGUGGACAUAUACAAAAGCCUCAGACCGCUCUUCGUGAAUCUGUUGCCGUGGAACGAAAAGGAGCUGUCCAAAAUCAAGCGAAUGAGACAAGAUCUCGCUAAUGAGCUGACAGAUAUCAUAGAGGAAUAUGGUCCGAAACAAAUGGAGGAUUUCGAGAAAAUAACUUCAGUUCCCCCUAUACCAGCGCAAGCACACAGCCAACAGUCGUCAUUCCAAUGGCUCGAUGAGAUGCUGUUUGGAUGGUCGACGACCAAGAGAGCGGAUGGAGGUGGAAUUGAAUCGGAAUCACAGUCGCGAGGUGUACAGGAAGAUGCGGUUGUAGAUCUAGAUGCAGAUUCGCGCUAUAGUAUGCCAGGAUCAUUUAGCAUGAGUGGUGCACAAGCAUUGUCGAAAGAAGCACCUCUGACACCUGUACCGGAUGUGCUCAACGAUGGAGAUUUCGAUAAAGUUGUCUCUUUCCUCGAUGCGCCUUCUCUUGUAAGAGAGAAUGGUACUACUAGCGGCAGCAAGAGUAGGAGGAGCAGCAGCGACAGGAACAACAGGAAUCAGAAGAAGAAGGAUGAGUAA